AUGACUUUCUUGAUAAAGCAUUUGCAAAAGCAGCUAAAGGGAAUGAAAUUUGUUGUCCUUGUCGUGGAUUUGCCAUCAAGAUUGAACAUCCAUAGCGAGAGUGAUGAUGAUGAUGCACGUACUCAUGAUGAUGUAGGCGGAUUACUACAUGAUAUUUUUAGAGGCACAAUAGAAGAGUUUUUAGAUAACGAUGAAGAAGGCAUAAAGGAAGGCACAGAGGAAUUGACCGAGGAUGCUAAGAAAUUUUAUAAGUUAGUGGAAGAAGGUCAACAAGAGUUAUUCCCAGGAUGCAAAACUUUUUCCAAACUCUCUUUCAUAAUUCGAUUAUAUCUGCAUAAGUGCUUUCAUGGACUAAGCAAUGAGGCAUUUGAUGAUUCUAUGACCUUGUGGAGGGAAGCAAUUCCAGACAUAAAGUUGCCAAAGUCUUUUUAUGAAGCCAAAAGGAUUGUCAAGGACUUGGGUCUCGAUUAUGAAAAAAUACAUGCGUGCUCUAACGAUUGCAUGUUAUUCUAUGGAAAUGUAAAUGGGAAACUGAAUGAGUGUAGUAGUUGUGGUGCUUCUCGGUGGAAGCCAAAGAAGGAUGAUGCAGCAAAUGACUCAAAUCAACCAACUAAAAAGGUGCAUAAUGUUCCAGUAAAGGUUUUGAGGUACUUUCCUUUAAAACCUAGAGUUCAAAGACUAUUUAUGUGUUCUCAAACUGCUAAAUCUAUGAGUUGGCAUUCUAAGGAGCGCAUCGAGGAUGUGAUUCUAAGGCAUCCGGCUGAUGGUAAAGCUUGGAAAGACUUUGAUAAAAAGCAUCCAGAGUUCGCAUUAGACCCUCGUAAUGUGAGAUUAGGGCUUGCUAGUGAUGGAUUUAACCCCUUUCGAACAAUGAGUAUUGCGCAUAGUACAUGGCCAGUUAUCUUAAUCAACUAUAAUUUACCGCCAUGGAUGUGCUUGAAGGCAGAAUAUUUCAUGCUAUCUCUACUUAUUCCUGGUCCUCAAUCCCCUGGCAACAACAUUGACAUAUACUUGCAGCCACUGAUUGAUGAAUUGAAAGAGUUGUGGGAAGUUGGAUUGCUUACAUAUGAUGCUUCUAUCAAACAAUCAUUUAAAUUGCGUGUAGCUUUGCUUUGGACAGUUAGUGACUUCCCAGGAUACGCAAUGUUGUCCGGAUGGAGUACUAAAGGCAGGUUGGCUUGUCCUUAUUGCAAUUAUAAUACAUGCUCUGAGUAUUUAAAAUAUAGCAAGAAGAUGUGUUAUAUGGGUCAUCGUAGAUUUUUAAAAGAUGACCACCCAUGGCGAUUUAAUAAAAGAUCGUUUAAUGGUGACAUUGAGCUUGGAAGAGAACCGAUAUCACUGUCUGGGACUGAAAUUAUAGAUGAAUUAUCUGAUUUUGUCAAUGAAUUUGGAAAAAAGCAAAAGAAAAAAGCAAAUAGAAAUUGUCCGUGGAAGAAAAGGUCAGUAUUUUUUGAUUUACCUUAUUGGGAGCAUAAUAGAUGUCGUCACAUGCUAGAUUUAAUGCAUAUUGAGAAGAAUGUUUGUGACAAUAUUGUUGGCACAUUGUUAGACAUUCCAGGAAAGACGAAGGAUCAUGUUAAAGCUCGCUUUGACUUACAAAAAAUGGGCAUAAGACGAGAUCUUCAUCCUGUGCAGUCGGCUGAUGGUCGUCGUGUUACAUUUGCGAAAGCUUGCUUUUCUAUGACAUCACAGGAAAAAGAAAUGUUUUGCAAAGUGUUGGCAGAUGCAAAAGUGCCUCAUGGUUGUGCAUCAAAUAUCUCAAGAUGUGUAAAUGUGAGGGAGAAGAAAAUAUCUGGGUAUAAGACUCAUGAUGCUCAUUUUCUCAUGCAAUAUUUACUUCAAGUUGCAUUAAGAAGAAGUUUGCCUAGGAGUGUUGCUAUUCCUCUCAUCAGAUUAGGUGCUUUCUUCAAGGGUUUAUGCAGCAAAGUUCUCAAGCCAGUUGAACUUAAAUCCUUGCAGUCUGAGAUCGUAGAGAUACUUUGUCAACUUGAGAAAAUAUUUCCACCAAGUUUCUUUGACAUCAUGGUUCAUCUUCCCGUUCAUUUAGUUCAACAAAUUUUGGAUUGUGGGCCAGUCAACUACUUUUGGAUGUACCCAACAGAGAGAUAUCUUUGUAGAUUAAAGUCAUAUGUGCGUAAUAGAAGUGCUCCUGAAGGCUCCAUAGCAGAAGGAUAUUUAGCUGAAGAGUCCCUAACUUUUUGCUCAUUAUAUAUGCAUGAUGGUGUCAAGACAAGAUUUAAUAGAUACACAAGUAUGUAUGAGAGAGUUGAUGUUGCAGAAGAGACAUCGCCAAUUUUUCCUAAGAUAGGUCAUCCAUUGGGAGGAAAGAGGAAAAGAAAGGGCAAAGCAUUUACAUUAGAUAAUGUUGACUGGGUUAAUGCACAUCGAUAUGCCUUGUACAAUUGUGAUAACAAUGAAUUUGAUAAUUAUAUACGUCAAGUAGACAGUUAUGCAAGUUCUAAGGAUCAUAAUCCUAAAACUGGAAAUGUUACUUUUUAUGGCGUCAUACAAGAUAUCAUUGAAAUAGACUAUUGGGGCAAAUUUAGUGUUGUGCUAUUCAAAUGUGACUGGUUUCAUUCAGAAGAAGAUGAAUAUGGCCUUAUCCGCGUCAAUUUUAAUAACAAAGGCCAUAUAAAUGAUCCUUUUGUCAUGGCAUGCCAAGUUCAUCAAGUUUUCUAUGUGAAGGAUCCUGUUGAAGAGGCAAACAAGAAUUGGCAUUAUGUUUUAAAGAAGCUUCCUAGUCAUGUUUAUGAUAUUGACCGUGAUAUUGGUGCUACACAUGGAGGUGACUAUUGGGUUGAAAGUAUUGACAUUGUCAGUGAUUUAAUCCCAACUAGUAAUGAUGACAUAGAUGAUGUGGGUUGGUGUAGAGAUGAUGUGCCGAGGUCCACUGUUGACAUUCCUCCAAAUAUAUAUAUUCAUGAUGAUAAUAUAAUGGAAGGUGAUGAAGAUAGUGACUUUGAUGAAACAGAUUGGGAUUGGAUGGAGUAA